AUGCGGUUGCUUGCGGAUGGCAUGGGGGACGGCACUGACUGGGUUGAUGCUGGUGAAGAAAACGUGUCUAAAGAAGGAGGGUUAGGAGGAGGUGCCAUUGGGCAGGAGAUUCUGAAAAUCGGACCGGACGGGUCAGUCGGAUUCAUUCAACCGCAAAUCAGCAAUAUUAACGGUCUAGUUAGGUAUGUAAAACUGUUGAUUAGAAAACCAUUGAACUGGCCGGUCGAACCGAACCGGAUCCCGGCCGGUUUACACAAAAACCGAAGCUCCGUCGUUUCUUUCUCCCUUUCUCCCUUCCUUUCUUUCAUUCAGAAGGAAAUCACAGAAACUCAGCCAAAAAACCCUAGCACUGUAAGCCUACACCACCGCCGCAAGGAGUGGCAUACUGCCGCCGUCGGUCGCACUCAAAUUUUGCCGGCCGUCCGUCUAGUUAGCUUCCCUCGUGCUCCAAAUCUUCAACCCCUGUUCGCUGUCACCGAUCGCAGCUGCUUCCGCGAGCUCGGCGUCCGUCGUCUCUGUCUGCUCAGCCACGCUUCCGCCGCCGUUUGUUUGUCGUUCACGUUCGCGUCCUCGUUCAGCCGUCGUCUUCGUUUGCGUUCUUCGCCGUUCACGUUUGCUCGGCGUUCACCGUUCGCGUUCCCUCGCCGUUCACCGUUCGAGUUUGCAUUCGCGUUUGUCAGGAAGCCACGUUGCUCUGCUUCAAACUCUGCGACCAACCCGCGCGUUCCACCUAGCCGUCGAACUGCUCCCUUUUGUCGCCUGCCGAAGAAGAAAACUUCUCACUAA